GCUUACAAGUACCCCCCCCCCUCCCCCCUCCCAUUGCAUCAAGACGGUUCGUAGAAUAGAUCAGAACCCACCAACCUUGAAGCGAUCAGACCAGUCCGAAAAAGAUGGGUGCAGCAGAAAGCAAGAUUCAAGGAAGUGCCUCUGGUGUUGGCGAGGUUUCUUCCAGGGCAAAGCUGGUCUUUGCCCCUGGCACACAGUCUCUCCAGGCCACACCGGUCUAUACGUUGCGGGAAGCUUUCUAUGGCAAGCGACCCGUCUCAGCGUUCACCUAUGACCCAUCCCAGUUUGUGUUCGAUAAUAAGCAGGAGUUCUUGCCGAAGGCGAUCAAGAAACUAAAGACGAUCCGACACCCGUCCGUACUGAGGUUUAUCGACUGCAAGACAGAUUCAGCGGGAGUUCACCUCAUCACAGAGCAAGUCAUACCCUUGACGCUCGAGUAUCUCGAGGAGAUUACCGAGGAUGAGAUCCUUGUGGGUCUUUACGAUAUUAUGGUACGAAAUUGCAUCUCAUUGUGACAUAUCUACAAGGACGAGCUAGCCUUGCCUGGCUAUUGCUUGUGGGCAAUUGCCACGAUCUAUGAUUUACCGCUGACCAUGAUCUCCUCCUCUUUAUGGAUACC